AUGACAUGUGAAGAGUCCUGGUGUGUUCAGAAUCGUUCUAUAUGGGCACUCCGCAUGCGAGGAGAAAAGAGUGCGCCCUCCCUGGGAGGGAACGUUGAAGAGAGGAAAGCUGCUAAUGAAGAUCCUAUCGAUGUGAAGAGGUACAUCGACCUUAAAAAUCCUUACUUCGUGACGGUGAUCCAGGCUCUAAGAAGUUCUUACUUGUAUGUUCCACGCAGUGUCCUUAUCAAUUAUGAACUCCAGUUACCUCAGGCCAUUUUGUUCCACGAUCCCACUGGGAGGACAUGGAGAGGGACGGUUAAGGUGUGGACAGACAGCCGCACCUGGAUCACCGGCUGGGAGGCCUUAUGCCGCCAUACCAAUUUAAAGAAGAACGACUGGUGUAUAUGUGAGCUUCUGGAGGAAAAUGGAGUCGCCGGUUGCAUCAUUAAGGUUCACAUCAUAGGAGGCAACAGUACCUGA